CUGUGUGUGCUUGUGUUGUGUUUUUUUCUCAUUAAAAAAACAUUGAAAUUGCGAAUAGAAAACGAAGAAAAAUUUUAUAGUUUAACAAAAUAUACAAUUAUAAAGAAUAAUACAAAUAGUAAAUACUUAAAAAAUUGCAAGAAAAUCAAUGAUGAAUUAUUGAAACCCAGAAAAAAGCCUACUACUACAGCUAGAGGAAAAUUUCAAAAGAAAGGUGUGCCAGUGUCUGCUUUUCACUACACAAAAAAACCUUUAAAAUCGAAUUGGAAAGUGUUGUGUGUUUUGUGUGAAUUAAGUAUUCUUGUCUAGUUGGCGUAAAACUAAAAAAGUGUGAAUUUCAAAGAUACACAACAUAUCUAUCUAUCUGCAUAGUAUGAAUUUGCAAUAAUAGGCAAACAGCAAGCAAUACAAGUUAAAAUCUUGAGUGGUUGGGCUGGUUGCUUGCAAUCGCCACAGCAAAUAAAUUAAAAUCGAACAAUUUCUAUUUGACAUUUGACCACACGCACCGAAUUGUUGAUGUUUUCUAGGCAAAAUACAACAACACUUUUUUUUCAGAUUCGGAUGCUGUAGUAGUGAUGCAAGUGGGCGUUUAACGAAGGCAAACGAAAAAUCUAUGAUUUGCAUUUUAUCUAUUAUAUUUCGUUAAAAACUAAAAUUGUUGUAGGGUAUUUUAACUGAAGAAAAAAUACAAAAAAGAAGAAAAAAUUAAAAAGGCAUUGUUUGAUGACCUUGUAAUUGCGCAUACCAUACACAUUUUUAAUACAACAACACAUCAUAUGCGAGCAUACGUACACAUAUGUAUUAAAUAAUAAAACUAACUAAAAGUGGCCCGUGUUAUUAAUUUCACUUCUCGCAUUUACAAAAUCAAAAAAAAAAACAAGAAAUAACAACCUUUAAAAGAUAUUUUUGCACUGUAUAUUAUUCCAAAUGCCAUACGAUGAACAAAAAUACUGUGAUGCAUUAAAAAUGUCUCAUAAGAAUACGUAAACAAUUCACAAAAAAAGGGCUGAGAAGAGAGAGUGAGUGUGAUACAGCGACUGACAGAGAAGGCAAAAAAAGCAAAACAGUGCGUGACAGCUUGUGUAUUGUCAGUUUUUUAUUUUUGUUAUUGUUUAUUAUCAAAUCAAUCCAAAUUAUUACAAAAGAAAGAAAGAAAAAAAUCUCGAAUACUUCGAAUAAUAAAUUAAACUAGAGUUAAAGAGACAAUUUUUUGUUUAAAGAAAUUGAAUCAAUAUUAAAAUGAGUGUCUUUAAUGAUUUUCAACGCUUGUGGAUGGAACGUUUUCCCCAAAGCUCUCUAUCAGAUGCCUGGGAGCAAGAUGUUCGUGCUAGUCUAGAACGUCACAAGUUAAAAAUAGCUGAACUAACCAAAGAACUGGAACAGGAAACUUUAUAUGUGGAAUACUUGGAACGUUUGUUGUCCGAUGUGGAGAAAUAUCGUGAAUCCGGUGGGGAUCCCACUUCACUCUUCGAAGCAGCUACAAAUUCUGAAGGUGCCAAAACAUCAAAUAUUUCUACUGAUUCUGCUGCUGAUGGAGAAAAUGGGGAAGGUCAUACAUCGACAGAUCGUAACUCGAAAUCAAGCUUGAAUUUAAGAGAAUCUAAAAAUGGAAAUAAAGAACAACAAACUAAUAGAUUGUCACUGAAUACCGAUAAUAAAUAUGCGGCUGCCGUUACAACCACCACCACCAGCACAACAACAGCGAAUAGUCAAUACGGCAAUAAUAAUGGCAAUAAAUCGAGUGCGACGAAAAAUAAUCUUCCAGCAACAGCUUCCACAGAGGAGAGAAACAGCAACAGCGAGAAAGAAGACAAAGAUGUUGGCACAGAAAAGGAUAAACGUAACAGUGACAAGAAUGGCGCUUUACAUCAGUGCAUUAGUGAAUUGGCUGCAUCCAUAGCCUCGAAUGAAGACAAUUCCGAUGGUGGUGUUAUAACAAAAUCGGUACCCGAAAGGCCACCAAAAUCCACCACAUCACAUUUUGUAACAGUCAUAGAAGUAAAGGAGAAUAAAACAGAGCCGGGUAAUAGUUCGUCUGUGUCUUUAGAACAAAAUCAAGAUAAUGCCGGAGGUGAUAGCGUAAAUAUGAUCACAGCUUCCACAUUUAGUAGUUUUGAGAGGAAACCAUCGGCACCACCAUUAUCACCAUCAUUGGCCUCACCUUCACUUACGGCUUCUUCACAUGCUCUAUUAGACGCAAAGAAAAAAAUGCCGCCAAGACCCCCACCCAAAAUCAUACGGCGUGUUGAACCACCCACUGUGCCAGGUUCCAUAUUAUCAUCAUCGCCCAAACGUGAUUCACCAUUCAUGGGUAGCACCAUCCCUUUGCCAUCUGGCUCUGGUAGCCUGUCUACCUCAGAUAGUCCGGCAAAUUCUUUGGAACGCAAUAUUAAACCUUCAGAUAUAUUGCGACAGAAAUCAUCAGAGUCUUUGGAGGGUAAAUCUUUUACACAAAAUCGCAAAACCACGCCAGAAAUGAACAAAUUUUUAAAUAAUUCAGAGUUUUUGGAAGAGCUGGGUAGUAAAAUCAAUAAAACUGAGAGUAUGGAAAAAGCAAAGCGACCUGACCUAAAUUACACACACAGCCCGACAGGCAGCUUGGGUCGGACACAACAAGCACCACCACCAAGUGGCACAAUGGCAAGCGCAACAAAUCGCUCACAACACAUUUCACAAUCGAGGCCAGUUAUUAAUCCCAUCACUGGCUCUUCGCCAACCAGCAGUUUAAACAAAAAUGUCAAACUCGCAGCUGCUGACAGCUCAUCAACGGGUAGUUUAGAUAAAAAGUCAAGAACAUCCCUACAACCAGGUGAUGCCGAAAUUGUUGGACGUACAAUUGGCUCUAAAGAGUCUUUAUCUUCACAAGGCAUAUCCGAAAUUAUCAAAAGCUAUGAAUCAGUUUCUUCUCUAAGUUCAGAUAGUGCUAGGGCCAAUCAAAUGGCUGAUAACGAACAGGAGCACUUGUAUGACACCGUGCCUCUAGACAAUGGUGAUGAUGAAUAUGUCUACAUUAAACCUGGCCGCACCGGUUCCUCUUCUAGUCGUGACGAUUUAUCAACACCAGGCAGUAUCAUACCCAUGUCUUCUCAUGGACAUUUAAGUAGUCAAACAAGCGUUACAGAUCCCGAAUCUCCAGGACGCUCCUCCAAUUAUGCCAACAUUAAUUAUUUUAUACAGAAAAAUAAUGAAACACGUUCAAGUUCAGUCGACAGCGAUGGAGAGUACGAGAGCGGUAUGCCCUUAAUGCGUACAAUAUCACACGAUGAUCAUAAUACACAAACGCCUGGAGCAUUAAGAAAGAAUCUAGUUUCAGCAAUACUUGUUUCGGGUAGUCAGCGAGGUAAUAAAAUACGUUCUAUAUUGAGCACAAUCAUACAAAGUGAAGCGAUUUAUGUGGCUUGUCUAAAUACCAUGAUUCAAUACAAAAAAGCCAUACAUGCUACAUUGGGCACAUCACAGCCAGUCAUUAAGGAGGAUGAAGAAAAUACGAUAUUCUUUAAGAUCGAUGAGCUAUACGAUGCACACUCAGUGUUUUUGAGUGAUUUAAAGUCUUUGGUAGCUCAUGAGGGUGGCGAUGUGCUUAUUGGUGAAACAUUUAAACGUUUGGCGGAAAUGUUUGACCUGUACAGUGCAUUUCUCCACAACUACAAUCAGGCCAUAGAGACAGUGAAGAAAUGCAGUGCUAGUAAUCCGCAAUUCAAGAAGAUUGUCUCGACAAUUGUCUUGAACUUGCAGACUGAGCAAUCGCUAACUCUCGAAGAUCUACUGCACAAGCCAGUGGCACGCGUACAAAUCAAUGCUUUGGUCUUUAAUGAUCUUUUGGACUGUACACCACAAAAUCAUCCGGAUCAUCAUCCUUUGAAGCAGGCCCACGAUACCAUCCAUCGAUUCCUCAAGCAAUUCAAUGUGGUCAAUCAAAAAUUCCCCUCGGAAUCUAACAAGAACUUGCGACGCAUGGUGAAGAAUUCAUUUAUCGUUGAACUGGUAGAUGGUCAUCGUAAAUUGCGCCAUUUGUUUCUGUUCAAUGAUGUUAUUGCAUGUGCCAAAUACAAGGCUUCUGGCCGCGAUCGUAUAGACUAUGAACUGAAAUGGUUUAUUCCUUUAAAGGAUGUGGCGGUUUUCGAAGAAUCGGAUUCCAGUGCCGAACUUAAGGAAUCUAGUCCAGCCAAUAUAUUGCAGCUAAAGACACAGGCUUGUACUGUACGUGAUCAAUUGCUAAUGGAGGAGAAGGACGACAAAGCCCGUAAACCAAACGGCUUAAGAGGUGGUGAAAAAUAUCGUCGAAAAUUGGCAGAUCUAGAGUCACAGUUAGUGCUGGCUUCUCCCAAUUUAGUGUUUCGCAUUGGCAACAAGGCCAGCAAUAAAACGGUUACUUUCUUUUUGAGUUCAGAUUUUGAGCGUACUCACUGGAUAGAUUCGAUUUUGAGUUUGCAACAACAAUGUAAUAUACCCGGCUCCAAUAUCAUAAAUGCCCUUGAAAUCCAUGCCUUUAUUGUGGCCAUGCAAAAGAGCAUGAAAACCGAAAUGGGUUCUUAUCUAAUGCGUAACACAAACGAUGAGAGUCUUUUAGUGGGAGAUCUACACAUGACAGUCAAUAGUCUUAGUGGUCUAGACCAUCCCGCUGAUUUAUAUAUUUCAAUAGAAGUUGAUUCAUAUGGUCAUUAUUUCCGUAAAGCUGCCACCAAAAUGAUAUGUCGCUCCAUGAAUCCCAUAUGGAAUGAAAGCUUUGUAGUGGAACUGGAGGGCAGCCAAAAUGUACGCAUACUAUUGUAUGCUCUGCAAGAACGACCCAUUUUAAGAGCUAAAUAUGUUUUAAAGCUGAGUCGCAGUUGGUUGAAGGAAUCACCACAAGGCCGUGCCAUUAAAUUGGGUGAUAAUUUAACAUUAAAUACCACAUUACAUUUUGUACCUGGCGAAGUGACAUUGCGGCGAGUGCCUACCUCGAAACCGGGAGCUUUAUUUGGUGCCAAAAUGCAACAAGUUCUAAAACGCGAAAAACGUGACAUUCCAUUUAUAAUAAGUGCCUGUAUACGAGAAGUGGAAAAACGUGGUAUGUCUGAAGUGGGUAUUUAUCGUGUCAGUGGUUCAGCUUCCGAUUUGGCUAAAUUAAAGAAAUCUUUUGAAACAAAUGCCUAUGAAGCUGAACAAUUACUGAAAGAUGUUGAUAUUCACUCUGUUACCGGCAUUUUAAAAUCUUAUUUGCGUGAAUUACCCGAAGCCUUAUUCACUGAUAGUCUGUAUCCGAAAUUCUUUGAAACCUUCAGUCGUUUUAGCAACAACAAUGAAGUCGAGCGUAUUACUGAACUUUUGCAAGUAUUCGAAGAAUUACCGCUGGCCAACAAAGCUUCUAUUAAUCACAUUUUAGAUCAUUUAAUAAGAGUGCACAACAGAGAAGUCGAUAAUAAAAUGUCUCUGCACAAUCUAGCCAUGGUAUUUGGUCCCACUUUAUUGAGGCCAGGAGCAACGCAAACCAAGCAAAAAGAUUUGCUAGCGUCCGGCACGGUCGAUGUGAUGGCACAGGCCGGUAUACUCUAUUGUUUUCUACAGGCUCGUAUGCAACAUGAAAAAGAUGCCGGAAAUAUGUAAAAUUGUUACGUCGUUUAGUGUAAGACUGGAAAGUUCACUCUACAGCCACGAAACCAACCACCACAGAAAAGUGUAGGAAAUUGGUUGCUGAUUUUCGCUGGUUAACUGGUGAAUGGUUAAUGGGUCAUAUUUUGUUUAUUAAAUAAUAAUAAUAAAAAAUAAUAUAAUUAUUCCAUAGCUCAAGUAAUUCUAACAGGUUAAUAAUUAUAGAAAAUACGAUAUUUUUAUAUAUAUACACACAUACAUAUAUAUUUUAUGCAUUUUAUGUAAAUAUAACUAACACAUAUACAUACAUUUAAAUAUAUAAAUAAUUAUCUAAAAAAAAAAAAAAACAUCAUCAUUUUGAAUGUUGAUGUUCAUCAGUUAAGGUAUCAAUAUAACCUAAUGCUUUAAAACUGAUUUCUCCUAAAAUCUAAUCAAAACAAAAAUAUAUACAAGAAAUUGAUUUAACAACAAUUUGGUAGUAAAACAAAAAAAAAAACAGCAUAAAUAGUAGUUUCCUGCUUUUUUCCUCAACUUGCAAGGUAUAAUUAAACUUAUAUUAUUACAAUGUAUUACCGCCCUUUAAUUAUAUUAUAUAUAUUCUAUAUAUUAUAAAAUUUAAUUAUUAUUAUUAUUAUAAAUAUUAUUAGUAUUAAUUUAAUAUACUGUACUGCUGAUUUAUGGUAGAGAGAGCCUACAUAAAUCAAUACUCGUAUUCGUUCGUUCGUAUUGUAUUGUAUGUAUUUUAUUUCAUCUCAAACCUAAAAUAAUACACAAUACAUACUACUACUAUAGUAUUGCUUACAGAAAAACAAAACAAAAUAUUAUUAAUAUUAAUGUAAAACAGUAAACAACACUUUAUUGAAUCUAUGGCAAAUGUUAAAAAAAAAAUACGAUAUUCUUUAAAACACAAUUAUAAAAAAAACUAUUAUCACAUUUAAAUUUACCCAGCAACGGGAUGAUGAAAUACAUACAAACACACACAGAUUUAUUUAAAACUAAAAAUAAAAGUAUGAGAGCAAUAAUUGAAUGGUUGCAAAACAACAAAAAACAGAAAAGAACAACAAAUAAUAAAAAAUUGUAUAAACAUUUGUAAAAUGAUAUAUUAAAACAAAAAAACAAAAAAAUUAGUUUACUACUUAUUAUUUAUUAAACAUUAAAAAGAA